AUGCGUGGAAUAAACUAUAUGCAAGCAGCAAAGAAGUAUUGUCUACAAAUGCUCCACCAAUCAAUGUGGGCAGUAUACAAAACACAUAAUAGUGAACCAAGUCAUAAGAUCCAUGGUGCUGUUGCGACAGUUUCUGUUCAUAAUAUACCAGAUAUAAAGCAUGGCCAAGUAAAUCCUGAUCUCUAUGGCGACAAUCAAACACGGCUUUUUACAUUAUGGACGGUAGAUGGCUAUAAAAAUACAGGGUGCUAUAAUCUUCUUUGUGAAGGCUUUGUUUUUACGGGAAAAUCCAAUUUUGGCCCUGGGAGUGUUUUGGAGCCAGUUUCUGUAUAUGAAGGAGUGCUACACAACAUAACACUUAAAAUAUCCCAGGAUCCUCAGUCCAGAGAUUGGUGGCUGCAUUGCAGGCACGACGGGUACAACGACGACAGCAAUCUCGAACAGAUGGGUUACUAG